AUGAAAAAAAAGAAAAAGUUUUAUUUAUUAUUGUUAUUAUCUGUACUUAUAUGUAAUAAUUCAUUAUGUUUUAAAAAUAAUAAAUUGAAAUACUUUUUUAUAUUAAAACAGAAAAGCAAAUCAAGUAAAAAUUCGAACAAUUUUAUUUUACAUAAUUAUGGAAAAGAAUUUUUUGAAAGAGUAAAAAAGCUAAAUUUUUUAUCAGAUACUUUGAAUAUUGAUGCAUAUCCAUCAUCUUUCUUAAAAAGGAAUAUAAAAAUAUAUGAUUUAAAAAAAAAGUAUAAUUAUUUAAAAAAUGGAGAGCAGGAUAAUGAUACUUAUGUGAUUUAUGGUCGUGUAAUGAUAAAACGAAAUAACGGUAUGUUUCUAAAUAUACAAGAUGAUGAAGAUAACAUACAAAUUUACUUAGAUGAAAAUAUUACGAUUAAAAAAAAAACAGAUGAAAGAAAUGAUCACAUAAAAAGAAAAAAAUGUAAUUUGGAUAACCAUGAGUCUAAUAAUAUUUUAAUGGAUGACGCAAGUAUAAAUGAAAAAAAUAAUAGUUUAUAUGAUGAGUCAGAUAAAUUUAAAAACAUAAAUGAAGUAAAAGCUAGGAAGAUAGUAGAAAUAGGAGAUUUUAUAGCUAUAAAAGGGUUCAUUAGAAAAACUUUAAGAGGAGAAAUAACAUUACACACAAAAGAAAUACAAAUAUUAACAAAGUCAUUAUUGCCAUUACCAGAUAAGUAUAAGGGGAUGCAAGAUGUAGAAUAUAAAUAUAGAAAAAGGUACCUUGAUUUUUUAACUAAUAAAGAACAAAAAGAGAAAAUAAUAACAAGAUUUAAAUUAAUUCAAGAAAUAAGAAAAUAUUUAUUAAAAAGAAAUUAUUUGGAAGUUGAUACCCCCAUGUUACAGUUAUUACCAGGUGGAGCCACAGCUAAAGCAUUUGAAACUCAUUUGAAAUCUUUAAAUCUAAAUUUAUAUUUAAGAAUUUCCCCAGAAUUAUAUUUAAAAAAAUUAAUUAUAAGCGGAAUUUCAGAAAAAAUUUUUGAAUUAAGCAAAUGUUUUCGUAAUGAAGGAUUAAGUUCUAUUCACAACCCUGAAUUUACCUUAUUAGAGAUUUAUAAGUCUUACUCUAAUUAUAAAUAUAUGAUAAAAUUUGCUGAAAAAUUAAUAAAAAAAAUAGCAAAAAAGUUUAAUUCUAUAUCAGAUUAUAAUUUAAUUCACAAAAAAUGGAAAAAAAUAUCUUUUAUUAAAAUAAUAAAAAAGUAUACAUCUAUAAACUUUUUAAAUUUAUCUUUUGAUGAAGCUUAUGAUGCAGCUAAAAAAUUAAAUGUGACUUUUGAUCAAGAAAAAAGUAAUUUAAAUUGGGGGUUAGUUGUUGAAGAAGUUUUUAAAAGAAAGGUAGAACCAUUUUUGGGUUCUAAUCCCAUACAUAUUUUUCAUUUACCAUCAGAUACAUCAUCAUUAGCUAAAUCAUUAAAUAAAAAUAAAAAAUUAUCCGAAAGAUUUGAAACAUAUAUAGGAAAAAUGGAGAUAGCUAAUGGAUAUACAGAAGAAGCUAACCCAUUAAUGCAAGAAAAAAAAUUUAUAUUGCAAAGUUCUUUAAAAGAUAAAUGUAUGAACCAAAAUAUUAAUAGGAGUACAAAAUUAGACAGUGAUAAAAACAUAAAUCAAAAUAUCCAUAAAAAUAAUGAUCCUAAAGAAUUAUUUAAUAGAAAUAGCAAAACACAAAUAAAUAAACAAAAUGUAAAAAGUCAAAAUUAUGAUAUUGAUUAUGAUUAUAUAACAGCGUUGUCUCACGGAUUACCCCCGACUGGUGGUUUAGGAAUAGGCAUUGAUCGUUUAUGUAUGUUAUGUACUAACUCAAAUUCAAUUAAAAAUAUAUUAUCAUUUUCUAUUAUAAAACCAAAUUAA